UUUCUCUGCUGUUCACUCAGAACAUACUCGGAAAGUUCUGUUUUGUACAUGUUUUGUAUGAUGUUUGUAUGACACUGACUGAUAAACUGCUGAUGAUGACAACUUUGAACUUGUCUUUUCUGUCAGUUAGCCAGCGGCUGACAAAACUUGCGGUACGGCGAGAUUACUUUCACUUUUAAAAUUAAUUAAAGUUAUCAGGGACGUAGGUUCUCUAUACGUUGUGUGGCUGUCGUGGCUUGGUGAUGUUUAUUUAAUUUCUGACGACAUUGAUGCAAGCGUGUCGUUAAAUAAAAGCCACGUACACAAAUAGUGUGAGGAUUAAACAGCAUGCUAAAAUAGUUAAAAAUAAAUAAGAAUAUAACUUAAAUAGUGAAAAUGGGGAUGGAGAAAUAUAAUAAUGUGGAUGGUAAUCCAUCAGAGUACCUGUACCCGCCUGAGAUUCUGAAACGGCUGAACUUUGACAAGAGUCCAGCGACGUUUAAGCCUAAGAUCAGCGCGGCCAGUCCUGGCGAGGACUGGAUGGUUGUCAGGCCUCUGCAGCGCUCGGACUUCGACAAAGGGUUCCUGCAGCUGCUGGGCCAACUGACCAGCGUUGGCAAUGUUACGCGGAAGCAGUUUGAUGAGAGAUUCACAAGUAUGAAGCAGUCUGGCGGUUACUACGUGACCGUGAUCGAAGACACUCGCAUAUCCAAACUGAUCGGCGCAGCUACCCUCACUAUCGAACAGAAGUUCAUACACAACUGCUCUGUGCGAGGACGUCUUGAAGAUGUAGUCGUCAAUGACACUUACAGAGGAAAGCAGUUAGGAAAACUGAUCGUAGUGACAGUAUCCCUGCUAGCCCAAGAGCUGGGCUGCUACAAGAUGUCCCUGGACUGCAAGGACAAGCUCAUCAAGUUCUACGAAACCCUCGGCUACAAGCUCGAACCCGGAAACUCUAACGCUAUGAAUAUGAGGUUCGAGGAGCCAUCUUGACAAUUAGCCGCUGGGACAUCCGACCUGCGCUCUAAACUGUAAGUACACACAAGGGGCCGAGCAGACUUCACGCCACUUCCAGAGAACAACUACCAUUCACAUCUACUUCAUGUCAACGAAGAUCUUCCAAUCAUGGAUAUUUUGGAUUAAACGUCAUACUAAUGCCUCUCAUGGUUGACCACCUUACAUUGACCUCUCAUGUUUCUUUAUAAAAUGUUCUCACAAAUGACGUUGAUUUGUUUUGUGUGCCUAGAUUUUGAAAAAUCAUACGUCAAAAUCGUACGCCUGUAUAAAGAUCGAGGGUCAGUUUUAUUUGGUUCCUGUACUAGAUUGCUCUAGUUAACAGACCACCAAAGAUAGACACGUUUACAAGAGAUACAUAUUAAAUUGCUAUAGAUCAUGCUAAAUUGGUUGCUAUUAUGUAGUUCUAGAAGCACAUUUUCACGUUUAUCUGCAACACGCUUUCUAUUCACUUUGGAUUUCGUUGUGUUUUCUGUUUGGUCAUUCGUGUGAUUACGGUCGCAGGGUCAAUUUUUCUAUCCAUCGGGGUUAGCGCUCACGAUAUAGUGGUUUCUUUUACCGAUGGGGUGAUCAAUUGAUUAUGGAUAUCCUAGCUCAUAAUAGGCGUUUAUUCGUACUAAACGCAGGUGUAACAAACAUUUUUGUUAUGUAUAGUGUGGAACAAAACAAGCACUAAACACAAAGUAAAUUGUAUCAUAAUUGUUGGGUCUUAAAGACGCAUUUUGAAUAACAUUAUAUGAUAUUUUAUCUUGAGGGUUUGUUUUGCUUCAACAGUAAUAACUUCCAUGCUUCCCAGAAUAUAUUGUUAAGCUUUUUUUUGUUAUUAAGCUAACACUAACGAAUGUUAGAAUUAUGUUGCCAAUUAGUUGUAGAGCUUAAUUAUAUGUUUAAGUUGUGAACUUAGCAGUGUUAACAUUGUGAUUCCAACCCAGAGAGAACUGGCUAUGUUUCACUACAUUUUGUUUUUAAAAGCUUUAUAAUAUGUACUUAAAAUAUACUUAUUUUUGUAACUAACAUUGUGUAUUUGCAUUAUUAAACCAUUGCUGCUUUA